ACUUUUCCAUAUAUGGAGCGCAGAAUGUUUUUGUUUGUAGUCUGUUAGUGUUUCAGCAGCUCGGUCCUGUUUUCUCCCGAACUCACAGUUGUAUCUUUGAUAAAUGAAAGGAUCUGUUAUAUUAACGCUGAUGGUCGGUGUGGUCUGUCCCGUGGCUCACAUGACUCGGGUGUUUGUCUACGGCACGCUGAAGAAAGGCCAGCCCAACUACUUCAGGAUGGAGAACGCUUCUAACGGUCAGGCCGAGUUCCUCGCUCGCGCUCGAACCGUAGAGCCAUACCCGCUCGUGAUCACCACCAAAUACAACAUCCCCUUCCUGCUCAACGAGCCCGGGACGGGUCAGCGUGUCUACGGAGAGCUCUACCGCGUGGACCAACAGAUGCUGGACUUCCUGGACAAGUUUGAAGGCUGUCCAGAGAGGUACCAGCGCACCAAGAUCCAGCUGGAGGUGCAGGACGGGGACGGUGAAGGAGAACACACACUGAGGCCUGGACGCUUCGAGGAGGCAUUUGUGUACAGCAAACAUGAACCCGCGUGGCUCCAGAACCAAACAUACGAGAGUUAUGAUGCGUACGGUGACCACGCACUGAAAUAUGUGCUUCCUGAGGAUAGAACCCCCGAGUAACGACUGUACCGUUAACAAUCAGCAGGGUCCAGAACUAACAAGUUACCACAUCUGCCAGAGUCACGUCCAUUUAUCAUUUAGAUGUUACAAAAUUCAUGCAUGCAUAUGUACACACACUCACGUGUGGUCAGAAUUGUUGGUACACUUGAUAAAUAUGAUCAAAGAAGGCUGUGUAAAUAAAUCUGCAUUGUUAAUCCUUUUGAUCUUUUAUUU